ACAAAAAGAAGUAGAAGAAGAAGUCAUAAAUAAUGAGAAGUAAAGACAUUGUGGAACCAAUACUUAAUAUUUCGUGAGAUAAAUAGCGGAUACGUAGAGGUGACUGUUGCGCGGCGCACAGAGGGUUAAACCGUAGCAACACUUUGUUUCAGCAGACACUCACGAUGCCACCCGUGCGCACUGCAGGUCUCCCCAGGGUGCCGAGGCGAGGUCACAAGUUCCCAAGCACGGCCCCCGAGCAAUCACACUCUUCCUCCUACAGGGCGGUUCCAUAACCCGACCGGAGAAGGAGACACACGGGAUCCGGGGAGAGAAGUCUCAGAGCGCACUCGAGUCAGAGUCACUGAGAGCCGCUCCAACAGGUGGGAUGACCAACUACCCGACGCACUCCAACGGCAUGCAGAGUCUCCGGAAGGAGCACCUGUACAAGGUGCUGGUUAUCGGAGACCUAGGGGUGGGGAAGACCUCCAUCAUCAGACGCUACGUCCAUCAGACCUACUCCACCAACUACCGAGCCACUAUCGGGGUGGACUUCGCCUUGAAAGUGUUGAACUGGGACUCUGAGACUGUUCGGCUUCAGCUGUGGGACAUUGCAGGUCAGGAGCGUUUUGGCAACAUGACGCGAGUUUACUACCGUGAAGCCAUGGGAGCAUUCAUAGUGUUCGAUGUGACACGACCCACCACCUUUGAGGCCGUCAUUAAGUGGAAGGAGGACUUGGACUCUAAACUAAUGAUGUCUAAUGGACAGAGCAUCGCCACCGUGCUGCUGGCUAACAAGUGUGACCAGGGCAGGGAGCUGACCAACAAUGGCAUCAAAAUGGACCAGUUCUGCAAAGACCAUGGCUUUGUUGGCUGGUUUGAGACAUCUGCUAAGGACAAUCUCAACAUCAAUGACGCUGCAAACUUCCUGGUCAAGCACAUCAUGGCGACAGAGAAUGACAUCCUAAAAUCUGUGGUACCGGACACCAUCUCACCGCAGCUUGACUCCAACAGGCAGAUGAGCUGCUCUGGCUGCUUCAAAUAAUGACAGGAAUGUUGGCGGGACUGAAGAGAACGGAGGCACAGUCGGACAAAGAGGGACAGAUGCACUCUGCAACCUCUCAAGGAUAUCUAAUCUUUUCGGUACAGUUUGGCUUCUUUGGUCCAAACGAGAGUUGAACAUUUUAGUUUGUUGCACUCUUGUGGAACUAAAAAAAAAGUCACAUGGACUCAGAAGUUGCACAUUUCCUUUAACACUGCAACAGAGUUGUGAUAAGUCGUCAUACUGUGAGUGUAUAUUAUAACACUGCUGUCUAUACUGUUUGGCAUGAUGUGGUGUAGCCAGACAAGAGUCAGUCAUCUAUUCUUUUCAGCUUUUUAAGAUUAUAUUCUCACCUCUAACAACAGCUCGCUUAAAAAAAUUAAAAAAUAAAAUAAAAAAGCCCUGGAAACAUCCUCAACUCCCUGAGAAAAAGGACUAAGUGCUCCAAGUGUGGCUAAUGCAACACACCCCAAGGUGUACUGUAAUAGCACAAUGCAAACAGAGAUGUUGUAGAGCUUAUAUCUACUUUUCGCCGUUUCAAGCAAGUGUGACUGCGUUCUCCUUCUGUUCUGGUUACCUUCACAUCCACAUUCACCUGUGGAUAAAAACACUGUGGGAGACGAGCAGACUUUCUUUCAUGCUUUUCUGCACCCGCCAAAGAAAGCAGCAUUGACCACUUUUGGUGGAUCCCGGAUGUGCUAUUGUGUAAUUGUGAAUUUGAAUAUGAAUUUUGCACAUACACUUUUGUAAUUAUUUUAAGUUAUUUACAGUAUGCCUUUAUGAGUGCGAUGUGUGGUGAAUGUACUUUGUUAAGUUGCUUAAAAUCCUUCUUACAACUGACUAUUUUGUUGAACCUUAUUUAAGCUGGCAGUUUAAGUAACAACACAUAUUUGUAGCAGCAACUUCUGUUGAGACAAGCAGCAGGAAGACACACAUCCUGGAACUGACCUCAUGUAACUGAUCUUUUGUGGCCGGUGGGCAGGUUUACUGAGGCAGUUCAGAUUUAAAUGUUCAAAGACUUGUCGUAGAAAUUUGUUUGUUAAUGAACUGGGAGUGGUUGUGCUUGUGUCUAAAGUUUGGUGUUACUAUUUGGCUGCAACAUCAGAGUAAAGUUUUAUCAGAAUCGGUUAA